CAGGACCCUGGUGCAGAAGGUGCUGAGCUUCCGGAAGAAGAAGAAGGAGCAGGAGGAGGAGCUGCCCCCCGAGGAGGAGCCGGCGCCCAGCACGCUGCAGGAGCUGAUCUCCCACACCAUGGUGCACUGGGCGCAGGAGUCCUUCAUCCAGAGCCCGGCGCUGGUGCGUGUCAUGUUCAGCCUGCUGCACCGGCAGUACGACGCCAUCGGGGAGCUGCUCCGCGCCCUGCCCCGGGCCUACACCAUCAACGCCGUCUCCGUGGGCGACGCCAUGAGCCUGCUCGAGAGCCUGGGCCAGAUCCGCUCCCUGCUCAUCGUGCAGAUGGGCCCGGAGGAGGAGACCCUCAUGAUCCAGAGCAUCGGAAACAUCAUGAACAACAAAGUCUUCUACCAGCACCCCAACCUGAUGCGAGCGCUGGGCAUGCACGAGACGGUCAUGGAGGUGAUGGUCAACGUGCUGGGAGGGGGCGAGUCCAAG